CCGCACCAACCUCGCCGGCCACCUUGGGCUUGUAGCCACGACGACAUCGCCGCUGUCCCUCAUUCUACUCCGACUGCAGGGCGCCAAAAAAAAAAGAAAAAAAAGGGCCCGGCAUGGCGACCUCGGAGCCGUUCCCCCUGCUCAGCGCCUCGGCCGACCUCCACGGCUCGGCCGACCAUGGCGCCGCCUCGGCCCGCCGACGCAGACAGUCCAGCGGCCUGGGCUCGGAGCUGCGCGUGGGCGACACGGGCGCCCCGGGCCUGGCCACCAGCAUUGCCCACCUGCACCAGGGCGGAAAGGAUUCCAAGCGCGGCUCCCGGCGACGUAAGGCCCGCUCCUACGCCCGCAGGGUUAAGCAGUUCGCUAUCAAGCACACGUGGGUGCUGCCGCUCGCCCUCCUAGCAUGCUUCCUGUCGCUCUACGCCGCGAACCCGACCGAGGCCAACCCGGUCCACCGCUUCAUCUUCCUCUCGUACCCGCUCGAGCCCGAGCCCGGCCACACCGGCCCGCGCCAGUACGGCAAGGGCCGCUGGGACAUUGCCUUUGUCGCCUUCUACACCAUCGUCCUGUCCUUCACCCGCGAGUUCAUCAUGCAGGAGCUGCUGCGGCCCCUUGCCCGCUACGCCGGCGUCCGCUCACGGGGCAAGCAGGCUCGCUUCAUGGAGCAGGCCUACACGGCCAUCUACUUUGGCAUCCUCGGGCCCGCCGGCAUGUAUGUCAUGAGCCGCACCCCGGUCUGGUACUUUGAUACCCGCGGCAUGUACGAGAACUUCCCCCACCGCUCUCACGACGCCUAUUUCAAAUUUUACUACUUGUUCGAGGCCGCCUAUUGGGCCCAACAGGCCCUGGUCCUUGUGCUCGGCAUGGAGAAGCCGCGCAAAGACUUCAAGGAGCUGGUCGCCCACCACAUCGUGUCGCUCUCCCUGAUCGGCUUGAGCUACCGGUUCCAUUUUACCUACAUGGGCCUAGCCGUCUACAUCACCCACGAUAUUAGCGACUUUUUCCUUGCUACAGCAAAACUGCUCAACUAUAUCGAUCAUGUCCUGAUGGGACCCUACUUUGUCACCUUCAUGGGUGUGUGGAUCUACCUGCGCCACUACAUCAACCUGCGCAUCAUCUGGAGCCUGCUCACAGAGUUCAAAACCAUUGGCCCGUACGAGCUCAACUGGGAGACGGAGCAGUACAAGUGCUCACUCUCCCAGGCUAUCUCCCUGACCCUGCUCUCCUCUCUCCAGGCGCUGAACCUCUUCUGGCUGUUCUUCAUCGUCCGCAUCGGCUACCGCUUCAUGUUUAGCGACAAUGUGAGGGAUGAUCGCUCCGAUCCCGACGAGACCGAGGCCGAGGACGCACCGACCGCAGCCUCGACCUCCGGGUCGACACCUAAUGGUGCUGCCGCCAAGAGGAGGAAGUAAGCUGCCUCUCUUGCGGCGCGCCCUGAGGCUGCCGCCGGUCGGCCCCCUCGCCGCGUCCCGUGAGACUGCUUCGAGAGCUGGGUGGGCGGCGACGGCCCCGUGGCGCUGGACCUGGCAGGAGAAAGUCACUGCCUCGCUCCGGUUUUCCCGCUUCGCCAUCGCUCGGCUUGCUCCCGAAACAUGUCACGCGCAAAGUUAGCCCUCCCGGCGCCGGCCUUGCCUUGGUGCCAUCGGUCGACUUUGCACUGCGCCUCACGUCUCAGAUUCGCGGCCCCCGACCACGCUCCAUGAUACGCGCACGGCGCGAUGCGCCCGCCAAAAUAGGCAAGGGCCGUGCCGUCCACAUGCUCACGCAGCUCCGUGUUGACGUGCGUCGGUCUACAUUUGGGGCAGCUCAGUCAUGAAUAGUCGGAUAGAACCCAGCGACGAGACAGCAUGUCGAAUCGAUGAUUGCUUUUUCUUGUUCCCUUCGCCCUUUCCGCCGCGACCCGACUUUAAUAGCACUAUUGGCGAUUGUCAUGAGGCCUUGUUCAUGCUUAUGUACAGAAAGAGCAUUCCGCCUUGGCUAGCCAAGCACCACAUAGCAAAUUUUAAUUAAUUCGAGGCAUGCGCUUUGAUUUUCUGCCUCUUGCUCCUUGCCCUCAGCGCCCUUUUGUGACUUGGCAUCCCGAGUGGACCGGCAGGUUU